AAUAGAAGCUAAUUUUUAGCAAAAUUUCGAGUCACAUUAUGGUUGUUACGGGUCACUUUGUCGGAGAAAUUUUAUAUCGGAAAAAUCCCUCGUGUGUAAAUGAAUUCGCGUCCGCGUAACCAAAUCGCGUGCGGCUUUAAUAGUUACGCCAUUUUGCCUAUGAUAAUCGCUUUAAAAUGCUUAUAAAUAACAAGCAGACAUUGAACGUGAAUUAUUCUCAGCCCGCUGUACAUCCAAGCAAAAUAGUCUGACGACAACAUGGGAACCUGGGUAAGAGCUUUGCAGCGAAAAAGCAGAAGUUAUUUGAACGUUUCUCCUCAGGUUUUGGCGAGUGUGUAUCUAGGACUGGCCCUGCGGCUUUCCUCCGCAGUAAUCGUCACGGAUUCGACGUUGGAAGGACCCAGAGGGAUUAAUGCAGGAGUUAUUCCGGAACGCAGCGACACGAAACUGGUUCCCCAGCAAAAAGCCGCUAGGUCGGACUACCACCCUCACGUUGCCUCCGAUUAUCAUGGCUAUCAGGUCGACGAAUCGCCUGCAGAAUUUGGCAGCAUUGAACACGACAAGGAAUCGUACGGAAGCGUGGACUUGGGCGACCACGCCCUCUUUUUGGAUACUUCGGGUUACAACCAUUACCAAAGCCAUACUAGUUUCAAUCUAGAAGGCCCGAAGCAGCUGGAAGUGAUAAAGACCGACAGCUAUCACAAAGAAGUUCCGUCUUACGACACCGAGAGCUUUCAAAAAAUACAUCACGGAGGGGAAGAAGAGCACGCCGAGGUUCACUAUCAUCAGCACAAGCAUCUGCACAAGCACAAGCAUAAGCAGGAACACUCGCACAACCAUAAAGACGAGCACAAACAUGACCACGGACACAAGCACCAACAUAAACAACAUCACCAGCACAAACACGAGCAAGAACAUCAACACUAUCACUUGAACAAGCAUCAUCAUCAACACAAGAGCGGCCAUCUGCACAAACAUGAACAGGAGCACAACCACUAUCACAAGAGCUCUCAUAAACAUGAUCACAAACAUAAAGCCGAACACAAGCAUCAAGCAUAUCAAUAUCAUAAGCACGAACACAAAGACGAGCAUAAGCAUAAACAUGAUCAGGAUCAUAAGCACGGGCAUCAUCACAGUCACAAGCACUGGAACGAACACAAGCACGAGGAGCAUCACAAGCACGAUUACAAAUCGCAUAAAUUUUACUUGUGUGCGAAAUCAUUGAGCACCAUGGGAGUCUUGGACGUCGCCGCCGCCAUUUUGCUUAGCCAGGCAGUCGCGUUGGGGUACGUGAUCCUUGAUCCAAAUUACCUUCAGAACUCGGAAACCGACCUAGAAGAUUCGAUAGCGUUUGAUGCGGAUCCUCAAGCCUACUAUGUAUAUUACGACGCCGCGCCUUCUAUUACCACCGAAGAACCUUUAUUCCAAAAUAUUUAUGUUAUGCCAAGGCAGAACUCAGAUGCGCCAAUCUAUGAUGGCGGCGAAAGCCACCACCGUCGCACUUACGAAGCGGACGCAGAAGCCAGCGAAUACUCCAUAGGACCGAAGAAGAAGAAGAAUGAAAUCCAUUAUCACCAGCACAAGCAUUUACACGAGCACGAGCACCAACAGGAGCAUCACCACAAACAUUUAGAGCAACACCAGGAGCAUCACGGCCACGAGCACGAUCACGACCAGCAUCAUAGGCAUUAUCACGAAGCCAAGCACGAGCACAAACACGAUGGAGAGCAUUGGCAUAAGCACGAAGGCCAGCACAAGCACCAACACCUUCAAAAGCACCAACACAAGCACGAGAGCGGGCACAAGCACGAACACGAUCACGACGAGUGGCAUCAGCAUCACGAGAAACACCAACAUGCUCACGAUCAUGAGGGUAAACAUUACCACGAGCAGUGGAGUAAGCACAAUCACGAUCAUCAUCAUGAUCAUAAGGAGGAGGGAAAACAUGAUCAUAAGCAUCAUCACGGGCAUGCGCACAAAUCUCACGUUCAAGGGAAGGGUAAGGAGAGGAUAAAGAUUUACGUGAAGAAGCACAAACAUCAUUACGAUUGAGGGUUGUCGUUGUUCAUUAAAUUUUUAGAUAUUUGAGGAUUUGUUUCGAUUGUUCUCUGGCCCGCCCAAUUAGGGCAAUGUUAAAUAUAAAAUGGUGAGUCACUGCGAUAUACGUCUGGCGGGAAGUUUGUUUUAAAAUCUAAAAAUAAGCUAACGUACGUGACUUGAAAUUUCACGUUAAGCAGGGUUAAGUUUAAACGCUAAUUUUAACCGGGAUGUGGGUCAAGGGAGUCGUAAACUGCUUUAAAAAGGAUUUGCAAAAAAAUAUAUUUGAGGUGCGCUGGGUUCGAGAAUCUACGGCACACAUUAAGGUCGAAUUCCGGGAAAAUUCAAUCUUGGCUAGAAAUCGCACUUAAAUUGCGUCAAAACACCGACAAAAUCCCGAUUAUAUUUAACCAGUUCCAACACAAUGGCCCUCGCUUCCUCAUGUCGGGGCCAAGUAUGCCGGUAGACACGUAGACAAGCCUGUGCGCGAAACGACCAGUACAAAUUCCGAACCUAAUCUAAAAUUUGACAUUCUAACAUCGGUUUUGGCGCUAAAUUUGAAAUAUGUGUCGUAGAAAUUAAAAACGUUAUUGAAGUAUGCAGUUGAAGUCUUUUAUGUAUUCUUUAAAUUUUUAAAGACGCAUGGACGUAUUUUAGACGCACCCAGAUUAAGCAGAAAUCUUAUACAGAUAUCAUUAAAUAUACUACCCAACUAACUAACCAAAACCAUGCAAAUCAGUUUAAUUUUUAAAACAUACCAAAAUAUUUUUUUAAAAUUUAAUGUUUUCCUGGUGUCAAUUUAUACUCAAUACCCAAUACAUUUACUGUAUUUAAUUAACUAAAAAAUAUAGUAUCAUCAACGUCACUUAGAUAUACAAUAAUAUAUUUUUUAAUAUACCAA